AUUGACACGAGUCUCGGAAUUUGUGAACACCGACUCGCUCUGUACCUAAAGCACUUUCGGCAUUCGGAAGAAUAUCCUCACAGAUACAAUGACGGAUACAUUAACAGCAAAACUACUGGGAACGUCCCUCAACGAUGGCCCUCAAAAUGAGGAUUGGAAAAAGGGUCUCAAUAUCCCAACACGCGAUGGCAGACAUCAAACAGAGGAUGUUACAAAUACGAAAGGCUUAGAAUGGGAGGACUUUAACUUAAAGAGGGACCUAUUGAUGGGCAUAUUCGAAGCUGGCUUUGAGAAACCGUCUCCCAUACAGGAGGAGUCGAUUCCUGUAGCUCUAACAGGAAGAGACAUUCUUGCCCGAGCGAAGAACGGAACGGGAAAAACAGCAGCAUUUGUUGUGCCAACACUGGAGCGCAUUAACCCCAAAGUCAACAAGAUUCAGUGCUUGAUCCUAGUGCCAACAAGAGAACUAGCCAUGCAGACGUCCCAGGUCUGCAAAACUCUUGGCAAGCACCUUGGCGUUAACGUCAUGGUAACUACUGGCGGCACCACCCUCCGUGAUGAUAUUGUUCGCUUGCAGGACCCUGUCCACAUAGUAGUGGGCACUCCGGGCCGUAUCCUUGACCUGGCUGGUAAGAAUGUUGCUGACCUCAGCGAAUGCCCCAUGUUUAUCAUGGAUGAAGCCGACAAACUGUUGUCGAUCGAGUUUACUCCAACCAUUGAACAACUGCUCCAGUUCCACCCCAAGGAUCGCCAGAUCAUGCUCUUUUCUGCGACUUUCCCCCUGUCUGUCAAGGACUUCUCCGACAAGAAUAUGAGCCGGCCUUAUGAAAUCAAUCUAAUGGACGAGCUUACUCUAAGAGGCAUUACCCAGUACUAUGCCUUUGUUGAAGAAAAGCAGAAAGUUCACUGCCUGAACACUCUCUUCUCUAAAUUGCAGAUAAACCAGUCAAUCAUUUUCUGCAACUCGACCAAUCGAGUGGAGUUAUUGGCUAAGAAGAUAACAGAGCUUGGCUACUCCUGUUUCUACAGCCAUGCUAAAAUGGCCCAGCAUGCGCGAAACCGCGUGUUCCAUGACUUCCGCAACGGUGUUUGUCGUAACCUCGUAUGCUCUGAUCUCCUGACCCGUGGUAUCGACAUUCAGGCAGUCAAUGUUGUAAUCAACUUUGACUUCCCGAAAAACGCUGAGACCUACCUUCACCGCAUUGGACGUUCGGGACGAUAUGGUCACCUUGGUUUGGCUAUUAACCUAAUCAAUUGGGAUGACAGAUUUAACCUGUACAAUAUCGAGAAGGACCUUGGGACUGAGAUCCAACCAAUUCCAGCCACUAUUGACAAGAGCCUAUAUGUUUACGACAAUCCGGAAAGCAUUCCUCGCCCGGUCAACACAUAUACGAAAACCAUAACUUCUAACACCCAGGCCCAGUCCAAUGAGGGUUCCUCUUAUCAAUCGGGCCACCCGUCGGCAUCUCAGGGCCGAGGUCAGAAUAUUCUUGGUGGUCGUGGUGGCCACUUCAAUGACUCUCAACCGCCCCAGUACCAGUCUAACCGUGGAAUGGGUCGAGGUUCCCGUGGGGGUAAUCGAGGCCGAGGAGGGGGUCGUGGUUAUAACAAUAACAACAACUACGGGGGACGUGGUAACGGCCGAGGACAGGGCCAACCCCCACAAUAAGUCCGAUCCUAUUCGGACGUACAUAGACUCCAUAAUGAUACCUCGGUAUCUACUGGAGUCCCGGCAGGUUUCAUUCAUUCCAUUUGGACUGUACAUAUUUCUCCUGGAUUCUUCUUGUUAUUUGUAACAUACCCAUUACGACUUCUUUGCUGGUUCCUUGGUUUCUAGUCGUCUCUUGAUCUCAAAUGAAAUUUGAGAAUUCGACAGCAUGAGGCCAAAGCUACUUCAUGUUUCGACGAAAUCAGGGACGGGAAAACACGGCGUUAGGCGUUUUUGCCAAC